UCGGGUGGAUCCUAUCCUUCUGUUCACGAUCCUCACUCCCGCCGCCGCCUGCGCCAUCCCCGUCGACGUCGAGGAGAUCCUCACCCAGCUGCGGCAGGCUCGUCCAGCCAGGCAAGCGGCAUGGCGGCGGAGGCGCUGAUGGACGAUCUCGUCGAGGAGUGCCUCCUCCGCCUGCCGCCGGACGACCCCGUGAGCCUCGUCCGCGCCGCCACCGUGUGCAGGCGGUGGUGCCGCAUCGUCUCCGCCCCAAGCUUCCGCCGCAGGUUGGCCGAGCGGCACCGCCCGGCCCCCAUGCUCGGCUUCGUCGCCAGCCGCAGGGACGUGGACUGCAUCGUCUCCCGCUUCGUCCCGGACACCCCCUUCCGCCCGCGCCGCGCCGCCCGCGUCGGCCGCCGCGCGCUCGACGCCCGCCACGGCCGCGUCCUCCUCACCACCACGCCUUAUUUGCCGGUCGAGAGCAUCGACCUCGAGGUCUGGGACCCCGUCAAGGACGAGCUGCGGGAGGUUCCCGGCCUCACCCCGCAGCACGAAUUUUCCAGCUGGAACGCGGCGGUGGUCUGCGCCGCCCACGGCCAAUGCGACCACCUCGACUGCCGCCGCGGCCCCUUCCUCAUCGUCUUCGUGGAGGGCUCCGAUCCUUUUAUGAAGGUCUACGUACGUCUACUCAUCGGAGGUUGGCACCUGGAGCGGGCCGACCAAUGGCCUUCCCAGCCCAUCAUCUCUUUCCGAAAUGCCUCGUCCUGUCCUUGUCGGAAAUGCGCUCUAUUUCCUGACUGAUGAGGCCAACGGCAUUUCGUUUCGGACCGUGUCAGAGCUUCAACUGCCUCCUGAUUUCGUUUCGGAAUCCGCGGUGCUCACGGCGGAGGAUGGCGUGCUGGGAAUCGCAAGGGUGGAGAACUCUAUACUCCGGCUCAGGUCGAUGGAGACAGGUCCCGGGGGGAUGCUAUAUUGGCACCAAAAGGAUCCAUUGACAUCGUGACACUGCUCCAACUUGAUGCCUCCAGAAUCCAUGAUUAUUAUUAUUUUCGUUUAGCACAGGGCGUUGGGGUCAUUUUUGUGGGGACGGAGGAUGCUUUGUUCCGUAUUCAUCUAGAGUCUGGACAGGUGAGGAAGGAGGACUGUGGUGAUCGCACCGUCGAUGUCAUUCCAGACAUGAGCUUCUAUGUCCAGGGGCGGAUCCACAUGGGGGCUAGGGGGGAUUAAGCCCCCCUACCUCCCUAAUACCCAUGGAUACCCCCCUAAGCCCCCCUUUAUUAUUUGGAUAAAACAAUGAAGAGGAAGAGGGGAGGAAGAAGAAGAAAGUGGACAUGAUCCCCCUCUACAUUUUUAGGCUAGAUUCGCCACUGUCUAUGUCCCAGGGUCCUUGAAACUAGUUAGAGAUGCUUUGGAAAAGUGAUUCUAGUAUACAUGUUAUGGAUGGAUGAUGAGAUCUUGGCAAUUAAUCCAAAUCUUAGCCGAGCUACAUCGAGUGGAUAAUUAAUGUUACCCAUCUGUGCCCAAAUGUUGUUUGUCCUGUCAAUUGCUUCAUGCACACAUGUGAAAAGAAUAUUUUAUUAUCAUAAUUACAGUGGCCACUUGGAACUGAAUAUACAUAUAUUCAUUCUAUCUCUCUUUUCUGCAGAUUUUCAUCAGUAUGGAUUAGCUCCUCUCUGAACCGAAUAGGAGUAGUGCUCAACAAGCAGUCAGUUUUCAUGCCUGUUCCUUAUCCAGUCAUAGUGCUCAAAUUGUUCUUACCUGAUAUUGGAUAUCAACCAUAUAUGAUUGGAGACUGCUCAUGUUCCUAUCUGUGGCGAUAAAGUUUCUGUUGGCAGACGUGACAACUGUCAUAUCUGUUUGGAUGACCAAGCUGUUACCUGAAAGCUAUGUAUGUUGCGACAUCUUCAGGCAUUUAAAUGCUUCUGCAGUGUUAGAAUGCAAUUACAUUGCUUUGUUUCUUCGCUUGCAUAAAUAGUGUUGUGUUUUGUUCCAGCAAGGAGGUCCGUGUGAGUUAGAAGUCACAGGCCAAAAUGGUUUGGUUGUAGUAAAUGAAACACGCAUCAUCCCAGGUGCCAAAGUUCCCCUCAGAGGACGGGAUGAGGUUAUGUUCGGUCGAGGUGCCCAGCAUGCCUAUGUAUCCUUAUUAUCAAAUUUUGCACCAUGCAAGUCUGUUUCAUUCGUC